ACGUUCUUCAUUAAGCCCUCUUCAAAAGUGUCUCCCAAACAUUACCAAAACGAAACGUUCCCACUACUUUGUUCUGUUUGUUCAGAAACGGAGAAGCAGUUUGUGUUAGGAUUCUUUAAUUUGGUUUGAGAUGAACAGAUAUUUUCUGGGCUCCAGCAACAAACAGUAUAAUCUGAAUAACGUUGAAGAAGAUCGUGUCGGAGAACGAGGUUUCAGCAAGAAAGCAGCUAGACAGUGGGCCCCAGAGUCUGCGGCUGAUUUUCUCUGCAGAAGCCAGUAUGGCCAUGCGUUUAAAAACGCGAAUCCUCAGCUGACUAUCUUCUAUGCCGGAACUGUCAGCGUCUUUAGUGACAUAUCUCCCGAUAAGGCUAAAGCCAUUAUGUUAUCUGCCGGGAAUGGUUCCAAAGGAGAAACUGGAGAGAGCAGCUUGAAGAAACCGCUUCGAGAAACUGAAAGAGUAUAUGGAAAACAAAUCCAUAACGCUGCUACUGCUGCUGCAUCAUCAAGCUCUGCCUUUUACUGUGAUAAUUUCUCUAGGUGUGGAGACAGACCCGUUGGUGCGACUAAUGCAAUGAGUAUGAUCGAAUCAUUCAACUUAGGUUCUAGCAAUAUGAUGCCUUCAGUUCCUCAAGCUCGUAAAGCAUCGUUGGCUCGAUUCCUGGAGAAACGCAGAGAGAGGCUCAUGAAUGCAAUGCCAUACAAGAAGAUGCUUCUUGAUUUGUCGACGGAAGAAUCAUGUGGAAUGAAUUACUUUUCUGCUUCUCAUACCUAAAUUAAACCACCGUCUUCUUAUUUCUUCUUCGCUUUUUAAUCUAUUUGAGGUUUCUUACGAUGGUUAUUUGUAAUGUAACCAUUCAUUAGAUGAUUAUUAUUAUUAUUACUGUUAGCUACCAAUUAUUAUGUUAUUACUAGCAGGAGAAGCGUUAGGCGUCUCUCUAUUUGAGCACUGUUCUAGUUAGGGAUGGACACAUACAAGUAAUUUGCUUUAUAUUACUAUUUAUCUUGUAUCCAACUUCAAUUUUUCAAGUAUUCUUUGCUGUAUAA